UAUUAAAGUACCAAAUCUACUCAUCAAAUUCAGCCAUCGAGUCUUAUCAGCAUUCAAACAGCGUCGUCGCUAAACCGAUUAGAAUUCUUAAAGAACAAUUGCGCAUCAGAAAUUCCAAAUUGUUGUCAGCAUGGAUUUCUCCACAGAUUAGUAUAACUUUCGCCCUCGAAGAGAGCAUGCGAGCUCAUCAAUACGUGGCUGCUUUGGCGGCAUUCAUCACUUGUGUCCACGGCAUGGGCAUAACAGUGCCUGGCACCAAAUGGUGUGGUCCCGGCAAUACAGCAGACAACUUCGACGAUCUGGGUAUUGAAGUGGAACUCGAUACGUGUUGUCGAGCUCAUGACAACUGUGAGCAAAGGAUCUUACCUAAUGAGCAACGCUACGGUCUUAGUAACAUCGGCGUGUUUCCGAUCUUCUCUUGUGGUUGCGAGGCUGCCUUUCGUCAGUGCCUCGUCAUGUUGCACAAUAUGCAGUCAGCUGCUUUGGGUCGUAUUUAUUUCAGUACCACAAGUGUUUGCUUUGCCCAUGGACCGCCGACCGUGUCGUGCGAGGAGCAGCAGUGGGACUUAUUUAAGAAGCGCUGCAAGAGCUACAAGGAGGAUAAUUCGCAGCCAAGUCGAUGGCAAUUCUACGAUUUGCCAUUCUAUACUCAUCUUAGCGAGGAGGAUCUGCAGCAGACUGCGGCAAAUAAUCAGAUCGAUUGAAGCUUCAUUAUUUAUUUAUAUAUAAAUACUAAAAUUUGACUCCUCCUGUGGUAUGUUCUUACUCUUGAGUGCCAAUUGCUGCAUGUUUCGGAUGACUGUGUUGACUUGGACUGCUCGCCUCCAACGGGACUUGGCAAAGUUUUUUCUAAGCUGCUGGGCCACAGAGUCGUGUAUAUUGCGACUAAUUGCCUCAUUGCCAGAUAUCCAGGGAUGAUCCAAUGCCUGCUGGCAUGUGUAACGCUCAUUCACAUUGACACACAAUAAAUUCGAUAUCAAAUUCUUGGCCGAUUCACUUAUUUCAUCCCAAUA